AUGCCCUGUAUGCCGCAAAUGGAGAAAGAAGAGGGUUGUUGUUGCUCAGGAAUACGAUUUUGUGGGCGUUGUAUAGAGUCUGAGCGCGCUCAAGGUAUCACUCAUCAGAACGUACUUCUUGUAAAGUCUUCAGACGUCAUAUCCCAACAAUAUGGUGCGGGGAGAACUUCUUCCUGCUCCUUUACCUGUGUGGAAUUAAGCCAUUAUGGGCUCUGUUGGCAAUGCAACAGAAUUUUUUUAAUGCAUCACGGGGUUUUCAAAAGCUGCGCAGACCAUGAAGGCACAACACCCAACCUCGAUAUUAGAAUUGAGGGUCUUUUUGUUAUUCCGGAUUUUUUAUCUCUACUGGAUGAAGAAAAAUUGGUUAGUUUCCUUGAUGAGCCGUCGUCACUUUCUGGUUGGAAGCAUUCUCAGAGUGGAAGGAGGAAACAAGAUUUUGGUCCUAGAGCCAAUUUUAAGAAAAGGAAACUUAAUACUUCUGGUAUACGCGGUAUGCCUAAGCAGCUGGAGAGUGUUAUGGAAAAAGUCAAAUCAUUUGUCCGAGAUAUAACUUCAAAAGAAUACCAUAUCGUGGAGGUUUCAGCGCUUGAGUACACAAGUGAAAAUAGCAGUAGUAUUGAUCCUCACAUUGAUGAUACUUGGGUUUGGGGCAAUCGUGUUGGUGGCCUAAAUUUGCUAGAGGACACAGUGAUGACCUUUGUGAAUAAUGAGGGGACGGCUGUUGACGUUUUUUUACCUCGUGGCGCAUUUUUUUUACUAUCAAAUGGGAGUCGCUAUGAUUGGUUGCAUGGUAUACGUUUGGAAAAUAUUAAACAUCGUCGCAUAUCUUUCACGUUUAGAGAAUUUUCUAAUGAUUUGGAUAUCGAUCGGGAAAUUAUUCAGAAUGUAAUAAAAAUUACCUAUACAUUUGUGUAA